AUGGCGGACACGCACGACGACUCGUGCGACGCUAUGGCCACAGCCGACAACGCGCUCGGGGCGGGCAAUGAAUACGGUCUACAAGACUUAGCGCGUCUGCCGCUGCUCGAGCAAGUGCACCGUCUGUUCCACGCUAUCCAGCAGCGCUACCCCUACAAAGAGACGAACGCAUGGAAGACGCUGCCACUGGACCAAAAGAAGAAGAUGCUCAAUUACAUCCGUGACAAGCGCCAACGUACGCAGCGUCCGGAUGCCGACUCGGAGCUCGUGGCAGCAGAGACACACAACGCACUGGAUGCAGCACAUGACGCACCAAAGGUGGGCCCGACUAUGGCUGUCAAGUCGGAUCUCUACCUCAAGAUGAUCCAGCAGCGGAGCUUCCGCUCGAGAGGUCCAGGGACGACUGGAGCGGACGAAGGGGCGCGGCCGAGCCACCCAAACAGCGCGUACGUUGCGCCCGCACAAGUGCCUCACUACGAACACGCUACGACCAAGUUCAAGCCGAGGUGGCAACUUGCCGAGGGCGAGUUCUUUGACAAACCGUGCGCGUGUGGCGCCAAGCACGAUAUUACAUUGAAAGGAAGGCAAGUGGCGUUGAUGCUGCACACGAUUGGCUGCAUGAUGAGCACGUUUGGUGACAGUACGCACACGUGUUUGUCUGCUGUGGAGGAAGUGCAGGCAGUUGUUGGUGAUCAUUUGAAAAAGGUGCUAAGCUCGGUGGAUCCAAAGGUGCUGGGGGCUGCGUCGUGUCUGAGGACACUGGUCGAACUCUUUGACCAAGAGGCCGUCUACUACGGACGUUGGCGAGAAUUUCGUGGUGAAGCGAAACACGAAGAAAACGAGCUGGAGGACGUGGAGGAAGAAGAGCUGGCGGACGAGCUGGAUCUUUUUGCUGUAUCCGAGACUGAUGACGUGUUCAACGACGCGUUUUUGGAACGAAUACGCUUUGCUGACGAGCGCACAAAGACGAUGGACUGGUCAAACUACGAUGUGUUUGCAAGAGGUCGCAAGCUUAAUUUCAUGAACAACAAGUCUCAGCAGUUUCGUCAAUGGUUGGGUCUUGAAACGAUCUCGCGCGCUUCGCUUGAGUUUCUCAAUUUCGUCGCUUACCACAACAUUGGCCGAUUGGUGGAGUUGGCAAUCAAACACCGGACAGGUGGAAAGCUGGAACAGCUGGAGACGCCAUUGUUGAAAGACGAUAUUGAGUCCGUAGCGCUUCAGUUUCUCCCAGCGCAGCGUUUGCCCUACUUGAUCGAUCGAACGCGCUCGUCGACUGCGAAAACGCGACGAGUUGGCGCGAGUGCUGCCAACAGCAAGCGCGUACGGGUAGAACCGACAGCAAGAACACGUUCCCGAGCAAAGUCGUCUUCAUCGGUACCGAGCACAGCCACCGAAAUAACAGGACCAAGCUCGUCGACCGUCGCACCUCCAGUCGUCAGUGCUAGACCUUCGAGACUCAAAAGGCUGCGAUGA